AUGCUUCAAUAUCAUGCCGAUGCAAUGCAAAUUCUCUUAAACGACCAGACCGUGCUUUUUGGGCAUUCUUUCAGCCAUGAUUUUGACGUCCUGAAAGUUUUUCAUCCGAAAGUGGUGGACUCCGCCAUCUUGAACAGCGAAGCUGUGUUUCUCACUUUUCUUCCUACAGAGACAUUGGCACGUUUAUGGAGUUUAAAGACGCUGGUCAAGGACUUGCUGGGCUAUGAUAUACAAACUGGCGAUGGCCGGUAUAGCGCUUUGGAGGACGCAUAUGCGGCACGAGACGUCGUCAUCUGGUGCAUCAGAAACCCUGAGUAG